CUCAAUGUGCCGACAACCGGAGAAUGGCGACAAUCUCAACGUUAAUUACUUUUCUGUUCUGUUGGGUCUAUAAAGGAGAGAUCUCUUCCAUUGAUAGUGUCCAUCUCACCAGGUAGGAACAAUCUCGGGUUACACAGGCACGAGUAGCGGACACGAGUAUUCAUCCCAUCGUCUCGACACGACGAGACCAGACCAGACACAAUGCGCCCCGCCGAAUACACAAGCCGACCGUACGUCUUCAAGACGGCACGAGGGAGCUUGAGAGGCAUAGAAUACUGCACCCCUUCGGGAAAACCGAUCCUGUAUCGAUUCGCGAAAGUCCCAUACGCCCUCCCUCCCGUCGGCGAACGAAGAUGGCGUCGCCCGCAACCAGUACCCUCGUCCACCCUUUCUUUCGACGACCACCAGUCCGGACGACCAGGCGACUAUACUCAAUUCGGACCCGUGUGCCCCCAACCUCAGUACCCUCACGGGGGAGCGUUCGUGGACAACCCGGCGGCGGCGCCCCCCGUCGACAACGUCCAGGACGAGGACUGCCUGUACCUCAACAUCUGGGUGCCCGCGGGCCCACCGCCAAAUGGAGGUUGGCCGGUCCAGUUCUACAUCCACGGUGGGUGGCUCCAGGUCGGGAACGCGAUGCAGGACCACGGCUACGACCCCUUUGACUUGAUCAAGGACGUGUCUCCCAGGAUCAUCGUCUCACCCACCUACCGACUCAACCUGUUUGGGUUCCUGGGAGGCGCCGACCUCGCGUCGCUGCACGAAGAACCCGCCCCGUCCAACUUUGGCCUUUGGGACCAACGGUGCGCCCUCGAGUGGACGGCCAAAUACGUCGACCUCUUCGGCGGCGACGCCGACAACAUCACCGUGGGAGGACUCUCGGCGGGGGCGAACUCGACCUUUUUCCAACUCAACUACGACAGCGCCCUCCCGUCGCCCUCCCAGAGACUCAUCAAGAGGAUCUACCUGUGGUCCAACGCCGUGGCGAUCCAACCGAACCCGACGUCGUCGCCGGUCUUGACCUCGCAGUUCAACGAGCUGUGCUCGCUCUUCGACAUCCCAUCCUCGGCGACCCCGGCCGAGAAGAUGGCACGUCUCCGCCGGAUCCCCUUCCGCGACCUCGUCGUCGCCAAUACUAAAAUGAAGAUGCACACCUUCCGCUCCAGCACCGACAACUCGUUUAUUCUCCCGACUUUCUUGUCGUCGCUGCACAGCGGGUCCUUCACGACCCGGCUCGCCGACAACAGAAUUUCGGUCAUGCUGGGCGAAGUCAGGGACGAAAAGGAGCUUUACAAAUUCGUGAACCCUCCCUCCGACUACCCCGGCCUCCUGGUCGAAUUGGCCAACUACUACCCGAAACCGGUUCUCGAGGCACUCCUGAAAGUAUACGACUUGCCUCCGCGAAACUCCACGAAUGCCGACGCCUGGGCGGAGGUGUUCAGCCAGAUGGUGGCCGACAGUCAAGUCCACGCGUCGAUCCGGGGCCUCACCCACCUCUUACUCAACCCGCCUGCUCAUCCCAACGUCAGGCCACUGCCGCAGACCAGCGUCCACAGGUAUCGAAUCGCCUGGCGCGCCAAGAGCAUGGACAAUUGGCUCAAGCCCGAAGUCGGCAUCUGUCACGGCGGGGACAUGCCACUGUGGUGGGCGACGGCGUGGAGGCAGGAUUUCGAGGAAAAGGACAAGGCGGCGACGAAAGAAUUCCUGAAACCUUUUGCACAGUUUCUGCGUGGUGAGCCAGUGACCUGGGGUUGCACCGGUGAAGAUCGAGUGCGACUGUUGGACACGGACGGGAAAGUCAGGGUGAAUGUCAAGGACGAACUUUGGGAACGAGGCAUGCAGGUGUUCAAUACUGUCUGGGAAGCUCAGAAGGGGUCGGUGGUGAAGGACACGUCUUUGGACAGCCGGUUGUAAAAACGAUGUACCUGGCUGGGGUUUCGGAGAUGGAUGGGAUGGACGGAACACAUGGCCAAAAGUCCUGUAGGGUACAGGUCAUUUGAUAGUCAAAGCAAAAGUUUGGUCGGUUGAUUGCAGGCGUGGUACUUGUCAGAAUGAUGGAAGAUUGGUAGCCCUCAGAAUCAGAUGAGUUGUAUUGAGCUGAAUCGAUAUUCAAGGGAGACGGCAUCGCCUGUCAUCUAGAGUUGGCAACUCCAGACCGGAUACAAGACUAAGCGACUAUGAUGGGAAGAUUGACAUGGCCCCCUUGUCUUCUUGUCAUCGGGGACUUCUGUCCUGAAU